AUGUCGACACUGAUCUUCCCGCCCAUCGCUGCCGAGCAAGUGCACGAUGAAGAAGCCCAAGUGCUCGCCCGCGAAUUGUCCUGGCUGCUGACUUGCCUCCAAACGACCCUCCGAUCGCUCAAGUCCGGGUUGGAAGAGUGUGCAUCUCUGCUCGCGCCCGCCGAGCCCGGGUCUACGUUGCCCCUCUCCUCCCUCCGAUCCGAGCACCUCAAGGGCUUCAUCACUCGCGUCGGCACGAGAAUCGUCAAGGGCGACAUUCACCUCCGCUUACCCUCCCUCCCCCCUCCCAAAGGCGCAGGAAGCGUGAAGCUCAGCAUCUCCACCCUCCCCACCGCGCCCACUCUCACUCUCCCCCAACUGGCACAAUGUCGCACCCUCAUCAACAGCUGUCUGGACGUCGUCGAUGCCACUCUCUGGACGGGCGAUAAAGAGAACGCCGACUUUGUGUCCGGACAACUCCAACUUCUCCAUGAGAACAUUCAAGAAGCAAAAGACGCGUUGAAAGGCUGGACCAAAGGACAGCGAGCGUGGAAUGAAGAGGAGGUGGACGUCCAAGCCUUCAACCCACCCCUCCCAGAACACGUCUCCUUUCAUCUGAGCAUUUCCGAAGCCGCCAUUCUCCUCAACAUCCGUGUGCUUGAAGCUGCAACUUCAACAGCCGGGGCGAGUGCUUCUGGAGCGGCAGCAUCGUACAGCGGAUUGUCUCUCAGGGAUAGACUGGCGACUGCGUUUGGAGGGGCAAAGCCGGCCUUGAAUGAUGAGGCGAAUGAGGUGUUCCCAUGGAGGGGCCAUGAUGUGAGAGUUAGGGAGAAGGUCAGAGUGGAGAGUCAGGACCCAAGUUUGAUGGCUGCCAUGGCAAAGCUGGGCGCUUUGGAGAGGAGUAUUGCUUUGGAAAGGAGAGCGUUGGAUGUUGUCAUGGGGAGGGAUGGUGAUGGAAUGGAAUAG